AUGUCCGAACUACGCUUCGAUAACCAAACGGUGGUCGUCACCGGCGCCGGCGGCGGUCUGGGGAAGGCAUAUGCCCUCUUCUUCGCCUCAAGGGGCGCGAAUGUCGUCGUGAAUGACCUCGGUGGCUCUCACAAGGGUGAGGGCAAGUCAUCAAAGGCUGCUGAUGUCGUGGUCGAGGAGAUCCGCGCCGCCGGUGGUAAGGCUGUUGCCAACUACGACAGUGUCGAGAAUGGCGAGGCGAUCAUUGAGACCGCCAUUAAGAACUUCGGCCGCGUGGACGUGCUGCUCAACAACGCCGGUAUUCUCCGGGAUAUUAGCUUUAAGAACAUGAAGGAUGCGGAUUGGGAUCUGAUUAACCGUGUUCACACAUACGGCGCAUACAAGUGUGCUCGUGCUGCUUGGCCUCACUUCCGGAAACAAAAGUACGGCCGCGUUAUUAACACCGCCUCGUCCGCUGGCCUCUUCGGUAGCUUCGGCCAGGCUAACUAUUCGGCUGCCAAGCUCGGCCAGGUCGGUUUCACAGAGACCCUGGCCAAGGAGGGUGCGAAAUAUAACAUUAUUGCCAACGUCAUUGCCCCCAUUGCAGCGAGCCGUAUGACUGCCACUGUCAUGCCCCCGGAUGUCCUGGAGAACCUGAAGCCCGACUGGGUCGUUCCCUUGGUGGCCGCUCUGGUCCACUCUUCCAACACCACCGAGACUGGUGGCAUCUAUGAGGUCGGCGGUGGUCACAUGGCCAAGCUCCGCUGGGAGCGUGCCAAGGGUGCCCUCCUAAAGACUGAUGACUCUCUGACUCCCGGCGCUCUUGCCCGCAAGUGGAACGAGGUCAACGACUUCUCUAAGCCCGAGUACCCCAACGGACCCGCCGACUUUAUGGGUUUCUUGGAAGAUGGUCUGAAGCUGCCCAGUGCUCCCAAGGGUGAGGAGCCUGACUUCAAGGGUCGUGUCGCCCUGGUUACCGGCGGUGGUGCUGGCCUCGGCCGGGCCUACUGCUUGCUUUUCGCUAAAUACGGUGCCUCGGUUGUUGUUAAUGAUCUGAUGGACCCCGAGCCUGUUGUUGAGGAGAUCAAGAAGAUGGGUGGCAAGGCCGUCGGAAACAAGGCCAAUUGUGAGGAUGGUGAUGCCGUCGUUAAGUCUGCUAUUGAUGCCUUUGGUCGCAUUGACAUUCUGGUCAACAAUGCUGGUAUUCUGCGUGACAAAGCCUUCACCAACAUGGACGACAACCUGUGGAAUUCGGUCCUCAACGUUCACCUGCGUGGUACCUAUAAGGUGACCAAGGCUGCCUGGCCCUACUUCUUGAAGCAGAAGUAUGGCCGUGUUGUCAACACUGCUAGCACCAGCGGUAUCUAUGGUAACUUUGGCCAGGCCAACUACGCUGCCGCCAAGUUGGGUAUCCUUGGUUUUUCCCGCACUCUCGCCAUGGAGGGUGCUAAGUACAACAUCAAGGUCAACACUAUUGCUCCCAAUGCUGGUACCAACAUGACCCGUACCAUCAUGCCCGAGGAAAUGGUCCAGGCUUUCAAGCCCGACUACGUCGCUCCUCUGGUUGUGCUUCUUUGCUCCGACGCCGCCCCCGAGCCCUCCACCAAGGGUCUGUUCGAGUGUGGCAGCGGUUGGUUCGGCCGCACCCGCUGGCAGCGCGCUGGCGGCCACGGCUUCCCUGUGGAUGUCAAGCUGACCCCCGAGACCGUGGUUUCCAAGUGGAAGGAGAUCACCAACUUCGACGACGGCCGUGCCGACCACCCCGAGGAUGGCCAGGCCGGUGCCGAGAAGAUCAUGGCUAACAUGUCGAACCGAGUUGGUGGCAGUGGCCAAAAUGAGACCCUCGCCAACAUUGAAAAGUCUAAGACUCUGACCACUGAGGGCACUACCUUCAACUAUGAGGACCGGGAUGUCAUUCUCUACAACCUGAGCGUGGGUGCUAAGCGCACCGACCUGCCUUUGGUCUAUGAGAACAGUGACAACUUCCAAGCGCUCCCCUCCUUUGGUGUGAUCCCCUGGUUCAACACCCAGAAUCCCUGGAACAUGGAUGACAUUGUCAAGAAUUUCUCCCCUAUGAUGCUGCUUCAUGGCGAGCAGUACAUGGAGGUCCGCAAGUUCCCCAUCCCCACCACCGCCAACACCCUGACCUACCCCAAGCUCAUCGACGUUGUCGACAAGGGCAACGCCGCCAUUGUCGUGUCUGGCUUCACUACCAAGGAUGCUAAGACCGGCGAGGACCUCUUCUACAACGAGACGACCGUCUUUAUCCGUGGCAGCGGUGGCUUCGGUGGCUCCCCCAAGCCGACUGCUGUCCGGCCCAAGGCUGCCACUGCCGCCUACAAGGCACCCCAGCGCAAGCCCGACGCCGUCGUCGAGGAGAAGACCUCCGAGGAACAGGCUGCUCUGUACCGUCUGAAUGGCGACCGCAACCCGCUGCACAUCGACCCCGAGUUCAGCAAGGUCGGCGGCUUCAAGACCCCUAUCCUUCACGGUCUGUGCUCGCUGGGUGUUUCCGCCAAGCACGUGUUCGCCAAGUACGGCGCUUACAAGAACCUGAAGGUUCGCUUCGCUGGUGUCGUGCUCCCUGGCCAGACUCUCCGCACCGAGAUGUGGAAGGAGGGCAACACUGUUCUCUUCCAGACCACCGUUGUGGACACUGGCAAGCCUGCCAUCACUGGCGCUGGUGCUGAGCUCCUCGAGGGUGCUAAGGCCAAGCUGUAA